AUGGACUGGGGCACGGAACUUUGGGACCAAUGCGACAUCCUCGAGAAGCACACACAGUCAGGCCUGGAGCUGGUGGAGAAAUACGUCAAGUUUGUGAAGGAGAGAACAGAGAUUGAACAAAACUAUGCCAAACAACUGAGGAACCUAUCAAAGAAGUACAAUCUUAAAAGAAGCAGCAAAGAUGAAGCAGAUUGCAGGCUGUCCAGCUUCCAGGCCCUCCUUGACAUCCUGAACGAGAUGAAUGACUAUGCAGGCCAGAGGGAGCUGAUUGCUGAAAACAUGAUGAUGAACAUAUGCAUCGAUCUCACAAAAUAUCUGCAGGAAAUCAAGCAGGAAAGAAAGACGUAUCUUAUGGAGGCCAAGAAAGCCCAGCAGAAUUUGGAAAUCACUUACAAGCAGCUCGAUAGUAGUAAAAAGCGUUUUGAGAGGGAAUGGCGAGAAGCAGAGCGUGCAGCACAGUAUGCAGAAAAGACCGACCAGGAUAUCAAUGCCACAAAAGCAGAUGUGGAAAAAGCCAAGCAGCAGGCUCAUAUGAGAGCACAUGUUGCAGAAGAAUGUAAAAACGACUAUGCUGCUCAACUUCAAAAGUACAACAAGGAGCAACACCAAUUUUAUUUUAAUGAUAUGCCUGUAAUAUUUAAUAAAUUGCAAGAUUUAGAUGAGCGGCGAGUAAGAAAGCUAGCGCAAGGAUACAACUUGUUUUCUGAAACAGAAAAACAUGUGAUGCCGAUCAUUGGCAAGUGCCUCGAAGGCAUUACUAAAGCUGGCACUAGUGUUAAUGAGAGGAAUGACUCCAUGGUUAUAAUAGAGCAGAACAAGUCCGGUUUUGAGCGUCCUGGAGAUCUCGACUUUGAGGACUUCAGCCAAGGCAUCAGCAGGACUUCCUCUGACACAAGCUUGAGCACCCCUAAAGGCCCCAUGGACCUGCUGGGAAAGAACCGGGGCAAAAACUUUUGGCUUUUCAGCAAAAGGAGUAAGCUUACCCCUUCUUCUUUCCCACCGUUCUCCUCACCCCCCGCCCCCUCGCCCGCUAAUGGACCCCCUUCCCCAAAGUUUGGCCGGGACACUCUGUCAUACUGUUUGAAGGAGAUCAAUAAGACAGUCAAACCCCGAAUCUCAUCCUUCAGGACUCUCCGGAGAUCGCCCACAGUCACGGAGGACUUCACCCAUCUGCCUCCCGAGCAGCGCAGGAAGAGGCUGCAACUCAAACUAGACGAGAUUGUUAAAGAGUUGCAGAAGGAAGUAGAUCAGAGUGAGGCUUUGGGCAAGAUGAAGGAUGUUUAUGAAAAAAAUCCUCAGAUGGGAGACCCUGCCAGCCUGGCAUCGCAAAUAACUCAGACGUCUCAGAACAUAGAGCGGCUAAGGGCAGAGCUCAAUAAGUAUGAGACUUGGCUGGCCGAGGCGGGAGGCCGCGGUGAAACACUACGCUACAAACCACAUGUAUUUAACAAUAAUGGGUCACAUGACAUUCACAGUCCUGAUGGGGCUCAUUCUGACGAGAGCACUCCUGACACGUCCCAGGCCAUUUACGCAGAGUUUGACGAUGACUUUGAGGACGAAGAGCUCGCGGCUCCUAUUGGGACGUGCACUGCGAUGUACAACUUCCCCGGCGCCAGUGAAGGGACCAUCUCUAUGCAGGAGGGCGAGGAGCUGGAGGUGGUCGAGGGCGACAAGGGCGAUGGCUGGACCAGGGUGCGUAGAGCUAACGGGGACGAAGGCUACAUUCCAACUUCCUAUGGUACAAUCACUCUGUUCAAAUGA